AUGAUAUACGGAGACAAUAUUUUUGUCAUAGAAGUCUCGUUUGAUACGAUCAAGUUCCGCCAACGCUGGCGCACAGCGAACAAUUUGACGCCAGGACGAUCCUAUGCGUUUCUGGACCAUUUUUCACAGAGAAACCUUAUGAAAAUAAAGAAUUAUAUUGUAAACGUAGAGCAUGUGGACGACUACACGGGGAUGAUCAAAUUCAAUUGCGGUGGGCGAGGGCUCACGGCAGGCAUCCGGGGCCGGGUGCAAGAGUUGGUCGAUCUUCUUGCCACGGUACCCAACCUGCAUCGACUGCACGUGCAUCUGAUAGACGGCGCAAUCAGUCGCGUGCGCUUUCCUAGUGGUCGGGUGCAUCGUGUUCAGGAUGUGCAGAACUUCUCGACGUCGCAGACUGUGCUUGAUCCAUUCAAGGGGCUCUGCGAGGUGCGGAAGGCAAGAGUGACCGGCGUGAGCGAGGCUUAUGCGGAAAGCCUGGAAAGAGAUAUGGCUAAGACGAGAGGCGCACCUCGAAGUUGA